CGGAAACUACGCAGGACCUGAACCCAACCGGCCUGGAGGCCUUUUCAUUGGACUACAAAGUAGAGUGGCCCAUCAGUCUUGUCAUCAACCGCCUGGUCAUAGAGCGAUACCAAAUGCUGUUUCGUCACCUCUUCUACUGUCGACAUGUGGAACGACACUUGUCGACGUCAUGGGCCAUGCGGAAAACUGCACGACGGGCUAACACUCCUGCAGCACUUAGGUUGAACAGCGCAUUCAUUCUCAGCCAACGCAUGCUCACCUAUAUUCAGCAUUUCCAGUGUUACAUGACCUUUGAGGUGAUCGAACCGACUUGGCACCAAUUCUUCCAGUAUCUCGAUAAGGCUGACAACAUUGAUGACUUGUUGGACGCACACAUGCGCUGCCUGGAGGUCUGCCUCGACGAUUGUCUUCUCACUAGUCCCGAACUGCUGGCCGUCAUUGGCAAGCUGAAUGUGGUGUGCGUCAAUUUUGCCAACUUCCUCAAUAAAAUGGCCGCCGCUCUCCUGGAC